AUGGAUGAGUGUGCCAGAGGAAUUGAUAACUGUCAUGCAGAUGCCAUCUGUGAGAACACAUUACACUCCUAUAAGUGCUCCUGCAAGCCUGGUUACCAAGGGGAGGGAAAGCACUGUGAAGACAUUGAUGAAUGUGAUAAUGAAUUCAACGGAGGCUGUGUACAUGAAUGUUUUAACAUUCCAGGCAAUUAUCGUUGCACUUGUUAUGAUGGCUUCAUGUUGGCUCAUGAUGGUCAUAAUUGUCUUGAUGUGGAUGAGUGCCUGUUCAACAACGGUGGCUGCCAGCACACAUGUACCAACACCAUGGGGAGUUAUGAGUGCCAGUGUAAGGAGGGGUUUUUCCUGAGUGACAAUCAGCAUACAUGCAUUCAUCACACAAAAGAGGGCUUAAGCUGUAUGAAUAAAGAUCAUGGCUGUGGUCACCUCUGCAAGGAAACCCUGGAGGGAGGAGUAGCAUGUGAAUGCAGGCCUGGUUUUGAUCUUGCCAAGAACCAAAGGGAUUGCAUCCUGACAUGUAAUCAUGGAAAUGGCAGAUGUCAGCACACCUGUGAGGAUACAGAUGAAGGUCCUGAGUGUAGUUGCCACCCAGAGUAUAGGAUGCACACAGAUGGGAGAUCCUGCCUGGAGAAAGAGGCAUCUACCCUGAACCUAAAGGAAAACAAUGUUACAUCAUCAGUAGCUGAUGUUGACAAACGAGUAAAAAGGAGACUACUGAUGGAGACAUGUGCUGUAAACAAUGGUGGCUGUGACCGGACAUGUAAGGACACAUCUACUGGUGUUCAUUGUAGCUGUCCUAUGGGAUUCAUGCUCCAAUUUGAUGGGAAAACAUGUAAAGAUAUUGAUGAGUGCCAGAAUGGUAAUGGAGGCUGCCAUCACUUCUGCAGAAACACUGUUGGCAGUUUUGAUUGCAGUUGCAAGAAAGGAUUUAAAUUAUUAACCGAUGAAAAAUCUUGUCAAGAUAUUGAUGAAUGCUCUUUUGAAAGGACCUGUGACCACACAUGCAUCAAUCAUCCUGGCACCUUUGAAUGUACUUGUAAUAAAGGAUACACAUUGUAUGGUUUCACGCAUUGUGGAGACACUAAUGAGUGUAGUAUCAAUAAUGGAGGCUGCCAACAGACCUGUGUGAACACCAUGGGAAGUUUUGAGUGCCAGUGCCUCUCAGACCACCAGCUCCACUGGAACAAGAAGGACUGUGUGGAAGUAAAGGGAUUCUCACCUGGUAACAUGUCCCCUAAAGCAUCAUUGCGCUGUAGUAAGAGUGGUGGAGUUGAUACCUGCUACCUAAACUGCCCCUCAGAUGUCCACUUCUCUCCAGGAUAUCAAGAUGCCUACUCCGUCACCUGUGGUGCCUCUUCUCAGCUUGGGAGUCGACUACUUAAAUCUAAUGAUUCUGCUUUAUUGGAUGUUGCUACCAUCAGGACAAAGGUCACCUUUAAGCUUAAUGAAGGCAAAUGUAAUUUGAAAAAGGCUGAUCUGCUUCCAGAGAGCCUGCCGCAAAUGAUACCAGAGAAGUACAGCUCAGUAAAGGAGGCCUUCCGCUAUGUAAACCUUACAUGUGGAUCUGGCAAGCAAAUCCCUGGUGCCUUUGGCAGACCAGCCAUGACUAAAGAAAUCUUUAUCAGUGUUGACUUUGAGCUUGAAGCGAACCAAAAGGAAGUGACAGCAUCUUGUGAUCUGAGCUGUGUCCUAAAGAAGACAGAGAAGAGAUUACGUAAAGCCAUCCGCACACUUCGGAAAACAGUUCACCGUGAACAGUUCCACCUUCGUUUGUCAGGAUUGGAUUUUGAAGUAGCAAAGAAGUCACACAGAGCUCCCGAACACCUUACAGAUCCCUGUGGCUUGGGGCAAGAGCACAUAAAGGGCAAAUGUGUCUCUUGCAGUAUUGGAACAUAUGAUGGAGGACAAGAGAGAUGCAUUUUGUGUCCAAAUGGGACAUAUCAAGAUGAAGAGGGACAAAUAACAUGUGAACUAUGCCCAAACACAGAAGAUACCGGGAAUCAAAAGACCACAGGAGCUCGCAAUAUGUCUGAAUGUGGAGUUCAGUGUUCACCUGGACAUUUCUACAACACCACAACUCACCGGUGUAUUCGUUGCUCAGCAGGAACAUACCAACCUGAAUUUGGAAAAAAUUACUGUGUUUCUUGCCCAGGAAAUACCACCACUGACUUUGAUGGCUCUACAAACAUAACUCAAUGUAAAAACAGACAUUGUGGAGGGGAACUAGGGGAGUUCACUGGGUAUAUUGAAUCUCCAAACUACCCUGGGAAUUAUCCUGCCAACACUGAAUGUACUUGGACCAUCAAUCCUCCUCCCAAGCGCCGCAUUUUAAUUGUGGUUCCUGAGAUAUUUCUGCCUAUUGAAGAUGAAUGUGGAGACUACCUGGUAAUGCGGAAAACCUCUUCCUCCAACUCUGUGACAACCUAUGAAACCUGCCAAACAUAUGAACGUCCCAUAGCUUUCACCUCCCGAUCAAAGAAGUUGUGGAUUCAGUUUAAAUCUAAUGAAGGGAACAGUGCCAAAGGAUUCCAGGUUCCAUAUGUAACAUAUGAUGAGGACUACCAGGAGCUCAUUGAAGACAUAGUCCGAGAUGGCAGAUUAUAUGCAUCUGAAAAUCAUCAGGAAAUACUUAAGGAUAAAAAAUUAAUCAAGGCUCUCUUUGAUGUCCUGGCACAUCCACAAAAUUACUUCAAGUAUACAGCACAGGAGUCUAGAGAGAUGUUUCCAAGAUCAUUCAUCCGAUUACUACGAUCCAAAGUGUCCAGGUUUUUGAGGCCUUACAAAUGACUCUUUCUCCAUCUCACCAGCUACAAAUGCUCAACCAGCCCCAGCCUGUGGGGCUUUCAAGGACAGAGCUGUGUCUGCCACUUGCAUGCCAGUGGAGGGACAGGCAUGGCACCAAGUAUUAAUAACUCUUUAGAGUUUAAUUUUUAUAGACAAUGCAAAUAUUUUGAUAAACUGAAUUGUAUUUUUUCUUUGAAGAGAUCAUGUAUACAGUUGUUUUCAGUCAUUGGGAUGUUGCAUCAGACAGCUCCAUCAGGUUUAGGCAGAGAGAAGCUUUCAGAGGGAACCACCUCUAUUACCAACAGAACUUCCUCACUGCUGCAACAGGAAGGACUAAGGAGGAGCUUCCCUGAGCUAUGUUUGAGGUCCUUCACCAUAGAGAGCUCCUCUGUGCCAUUCAUACUUCUCAUUCCUCACAGUUAGAAACUGCCGAAGGGAUCUCCCAAUGAUACAGUGGCAAGUGGAUCUUAAGGACUAAUUUCCUUGUCUGAAACUGGUCUGGUUCUGUUCAGGCAGCUCAAUUAUGUCAUACUCAGGAUAUAGAGAUAGAUCGCACCCAUUCAGAGUUAAGAGCAAAAGACUCCAAGGUUGGAUUUCAGGCAACAGUUUUUCAGAACUGAAAGGACCAUGUUUAGGUCAAUGAGUUCCAAGUUAUGUGAUCGCAGCUCCAGGUGCUAGAAUUCUGAAAGAAUAUAAUAAAGAAUGUUUGAAGCUGAGAUACUGAAAAUAAAAUGAUAAAAAAUUUCUAUACAAAUGUAAUAAUGAUUGCUUUCUGAUAGUCUUAUCUGUAUAGCACAUGUAUGUUUUAUUGCUCAUAUAUCAAGGAGGGAGAUGACAUUAUCACAUCUUGGGUUAUUUUCCAAUAACCAGCCAAUUAGUUCAUGCCAAUAAAUUUUCACUCUCCUGGUCAACCAUUUAGGGCCUGGUGGAAUCCCAGUCUCUAAAUCAGAGGAAUUCUUUCUUGUCCUUCAUCUUUCUAACACCUAGCAUUUUUUUAAAUGAUAAGCUAUCUCUGGUACACCUGCCACCUCUUACUGUUAUUGUUUGGUGGUCACCCAAGGACAUUCUUCAGAGUAUUCUUUCCAUUAUGCAUUGGGAGACUGAGACCACACCAUUGGCUUUGCUUUAUGUUGUGAAUCAACUUUCUGAUGUGUUCAUCCUAGCAACACUGUGGA